AUGACACGACACUGCACCAUCGCCACCACGCCAGCACACCAUCACACCACAUCACUGCACUGCCACCACAGCGCUGAACCGCCACUAGAUUGCACCAUCGCUACCAUGCCAGCGCACCAUUACACCAUGUUAUGGCACUUCCACCACACCUUCACACCACUAUACUGCACCAUUGCCACCACACCAGCGUACCAUCACACCACUUCAUUGCACUGCUACCGGACCAUCAUGCUACUACACUGCACCAGUGCCACCACGCCAGCACACCAUCACACCACGUCACUGCACUGCCACCGCACUGCUGCACCAUCACACCACUGCACUGCACUGCCACCGCACCGCUGCACCAUCACGCCACUACACUGCACCAUCGCCACCACAAAAGCGCACUAUCAUCACAUCAGGUCACUGCACCACCUCGCCAGCGCACCCUUGCCAGUACAUCACUGCACUGCCUCCGCACCAUCGCCACCACGCCAGCCCCCAUCACACCACAUCACUGCACUGCCACCGCACCUUCACGCCACGACACUGCACCAUCACCACCAUGCCAGCGCACCAUCACACCACAUCAUUGCACUGCCACCGCAUCGCUGCACCAUCACACCACUACACUGCACCAUCGCCACCAUGCCAACGCACCAUCACACACACCACGGCACCGCCAACACAUGUCACCACACCACUCCACUGCACCAUCACGUGGCACUACCACACCACUGCUCUGUUACCACACACCAUCAUGACACUGCAUCAUUAUGCCACUGCACCAGCACAUUGCUGCACCAUCACAUCACGUCACUACACGACCACCAUGCCAAUGCCUCAUGA